UUUCAUUUGUCAGUCUUGAAGCCUGGGCUCUUGCAUUGUUGCCCGUUGUUAUGUCCCUCCACAUUCACCGUUCUUUUUUGCCUUUCUUUUUUCUUUGUUUUAUUCUUUGUUUUGCAGUCCUUGUCUCCAAAACUCAUGUAUAUCCCCAAUGUCUUUUCCUCACACAGCAUCUCCUUUAUUCCAUUCUUUUCACAUUCUAUGAUUAAUUCUUCAUUAUUCUUCAUAUCUGCUUUCCACCCACUAAGCCUCCUUCACAGCUCAGUUUCUAUUGUCUAUUAGCAAGAUUUGAUUUUCGGGUUUCGUGUCAAAUUCUGUUUCCAACUGGAUCACAUUACAAAGGCAAAAGUGAGGAUAUCACCAUCUUUUUCUGUCUGCAGUGGAUUUUAUGCGAGUGAAAAGCAAGUAUUUGUAUAUACUAACUUUAGAAUUACUGUUUAUAUUUUCUUUCGAAUUUAAUGAAAGUAAGUUUGAAGUAGAUAGAAUAAGGUAUUUUGCAUUUUUUGAUGGAAAAUAUUGCCAGUUUGGUGUUUAAUGCAUGCUAUUUUAGGUGGUUUAGGUAGUUGGAUCAUAUUUAUCUUUCUGGUUUUGUAUGUGUCUCAAUUGGUAGGUCUGCAUCAGAGUUUGGUAGACACUUUCUUGUCAACGAUAGAGUACAAUGUUUCUUUUUUUGGCCAGGAGAGUACAAUGUUUAUGCUAUGAAAUGCUGGCAUUCAGAAGUGAAAUUUCCAUGGAGUUUCCAUUGAAUAGUAAAAAUGAAUUUAUUCUGGUGAAAUCCCAUUUCGGAUUAAGUAAAUUUAUAGUUAUUUAUAUGGUUAUAUCAACUCAAUUUUCUCUCCCACUUGAUGUUACUGGUUGAAUGUUGGCCUUCUAUGAAUCUUUUUGGUUUUAGUGGACACUUGAUGGAAGAAAAUUGAUUUCAGUUAGUACUAUAUUUCUAAUCUCCUCACUUUCUGUUGCCCAUUUUUCUUUCCUGCAGGAUUCAUUGUACAGGGGGGAAGUCUAAUAGCAUAAAGAAAUGGAGUCAUCUUUGGAGGAGCUUCUUGCAGAGGAAGGGUUUAGAGGAAGAAAAUCCGGUGCGAGGUCAAGAUCCUCCUUAAGAUCAGAAGCUUUGAGCAAGACAGACUCUCCAUUUAGUAACAGAGUUAAGACUGAGAGAAGAAGGUCUGAUGUCUCUUGGAACAACUUGAGAGGGGAAUUAUCAAGAAGUGAUAGUACCAUCGGUAGGAGGCCACGAGAUUUACUUGUUGGAAGAGAGAAAAUAAAUGGUGAAUUAAAGAAAGAAAAUAAAGAAAGACUUGAAGGAAGAGGUUCUAUUGAUAGGCAAGAAGAUAAUUGGUUGAAUAUCAAUUCUUCAGAAGAUUCUCAGAGAAAUGAGAUAGUUGAGAUUGGUGUGGAAGAAAACGAGAGAGUGAAGGAUGUCUUUGCUAAUGAAGGGCGGCAUAGCCUAGGGAGAAGAGGUAAGAGGAAUGAUAUUGCUUCUUCUAAACAUCUGCUUGGACGAAGAAGCUACAGUGACAAGCAUCGAAACAGCCUGCAGCAGCGGGAGACUGCUUAUGACAAAGCUAAUAGAGGUUCACAGAUUAGCAAAAGCUUUCAAGAUGGCCAGCAUCAAAAGCGUGAUGAUUUGGUACCAACAGUUUCUCAUCCUGCUCUUGAUAGAGUUGCUAUUAGAGCAAUUGUAUCCAUCUUAUGUGGUUAUAUUAAACGUUUUCUCCAAAAUGAGGAAUUUAGGACUGCCCUUCACCACAACUGUUUCUCCUCCCUUAACUGUAUCAUGCUAGAAGACUAUAACAUUGAGGGCAAAAUCAUUGUCAACCUUGAACAAGCAAUUGAGAUAGUAGAAAAAGCCGUUGAAGAGUCUGUAAGUGCAAAAGAACUGAAAAAAGCUUCAUUGCAGCUUAGUGUGAUAACUGGCUUGAAUUCAAAUGAUUUGAAGGAUGGCUUCACAUUUGGGGUUCCUAAUGCUAUGCUGUCAUCGUGUGCUCAUCUUUACCUCAGUGUGAUAUAUAAGCUACAGAAAAAAGACAGGGUUUCAGCAAAGCAUCUCUUGCAAGUGUUUUGUGAUUCACCUUCUCAGGCACGGACGAAUUUGUUGCCUGAACUGUGGGACAACCUAUUUUUUCCGCAUCUUUCACAUCUGAAGGCUUGGUACAAUCAGGAAGCUAAUUCUCUAUCAGAUGCACCAAGCAAGAAAAGGAAACUGAAGCUUCUUGAGAAAGUGUAUAACGAAAUUAUGGAUUCUAGCACUUAUCAGUUAGCUGUUUAUUACAAGGAUUGGCUCACAGAGGGGGUUGAAGCUCCUUCUUUUCCUUCCAUCCAUGUUCCAUCUGUAUCAGUUGGAAAUGUUCUGCAGGAGGGUUCACCUCCUCAUUCUCCAGAUCUAGGUAGUCCAGCUGGUCCUUUCUCACCUCAGCCAAUGGUGAGUAAAAAGUUAUACGAUGCUGUAUUUGGCCGAUCCAGUAAACCUGGACUAGAGGAAACUGAAGAUAAUUCGGAGUCACAUAGCUAUGAUACAUGUAGGAGAAGCUGUGAUGGUUCUACUGUUGAUGUUAAACAAACAUUAACAUACUCGUAUGAGGAAGUUAAACAUCCAUAUCAAGAUAUUGGUGAAGCUUCCUCCAAAAGUCCACAGGAUGAUGCAUCCUUUCUUGAAGAUCGCAUAUCCUCAACGGCUGAGGAAGAAUGGAGUCUGCCAGGACUAAGUAUGCUGCGGGAAAAAGAUAUCCAUUGUACCAAUAAUAGCACUAAAGCUGAUAAUACACGGCAAACAACCGCACGAGAUUCUGAUAUGCUACAGGCACCUGUUCUUUUAUCUGCCAAUGAACUCAUGCUCAAGCAGCUAGCAAAAUCUGCAUUUGAGCCGCAACAAACUGAGGGCACUGAUGAUCUUACUCUCUCUAGUCUUCAAAAUCCUAGUGAGGAGCCGAUGCACAGUUCUCUUGAAAAUAAGCCAAGUAAAUUCAGGCCUUCCUUUGAAGAGUUGCUAGAAAGUGAUAGAUAUAUUGAUGAAAGAUCCUUAUUCUCAAGCAUACCCAAGGACUUUAUCUGCCGUCUGACAGGGAAAUUGUUUGAAGAGCCGGUGACCCUGGAGACAGGCCAAACCUUUGAGAGAGAGGCCAUCAAGGAAUGGUUUAAUCAGGGAAACAAAACUUGUCCAGUAACAGGAAAAAUGUUGGAAUAUUUGUCAGUGCCGCUGACCAACUUUAUUUUGAAACGUGUUAUUGAUAGUUGGAAAUUGGAGAAUUGUAGGCAUACCUUGGCAUUGGCCUUUCUAAUAGUUGGGAAUUCAAGGGAACAUGGGUCACCAAGCAGGGGUGAAACAGCUACAUUCAUAUUAGAGCAAUGUAUAACGACUUUAAGCAGAGAAGAAAGAAUAAUGAAUAUCAAACACCUUAUUUCUCUUGGAGGCUUGCCAUUUCUUAUUCAAAGGUUUAAAUCAGAAAAUAUGGAAGAGAAAACACGAGUUGCAAUGCUUCUUUCCUGUUGUAUUGAAGCAGAUUCAGGUUGCAGAUAUGACAUAGCAAGAGACAUUAAAAAACAGUGUCUUUUUGAGCUGGUUUGCAGCAAGCAGGUUAAGUCAAGAAGAAAUGCAGUGUUGUUACUGACUGAACUGAUAUGCUUGAGCAGGAGGAAAGAUGUCCCACUAUUUCUGAGUGACCUGCAGCAUGAAGAGAUAAUGGAUGUUAUGCAUGCUCUUCAUGUCUAUCUCCAAAGUUCUCCUCCUGAUCAAAGACCCUUGGUUGCUACACUUUUGUUGAACAUAGAUCUGCUGUCUUUUUGCCAUGACCGCGACCAACACAUGCAGCAGGCAGAUCCUCCAAACUAUGGCUUAUACAGAGAGGAGGCUGUUGAUGUCAUUACAGCAGCACUAGAUAGCUGCUUACUUGAUGAGGAGGUUAGAGAAAAUUGUUGCAGAGCACUGUUUAUAUUGGGAGGACGUUUUACUGUGUCUGGGAAGUUAUUGACAGAGGGUUGGAUUCUGAAGCUAGCAGGGUUCAAUGAUGAUCGUGAAGUGAACUUUAUUGAAAAAGACGAGGAUUUAGAGGUUGAUGACACUAUUCUAUUGGAAGAUGAAGAAUGUGCCAAUGAAGAGUGGUUGAGGAAUUUGUCAACAUCACUAGUUGGAAGUGGCAAAAAAUCAUUUUUAGAGGCUAUUUCUAAGUGUUUAGGCUCGGGAAACUCAGAUUUGGUGACUGCCUGCCUAACUACUGUAGCGUGGUUGACCGGUGCACUUUCUUCAAUAACUGAUGCUCGGUUGCAGCUCUCUACCUUCUUUACUCUUAUCUCUCAGCUGAAACAGAGCCUGGAAAAUGGUGCACUAGUUCAACAUAAGGUUCUUGCUUCAAUAUCUUUGCUGAACUUGAGUAAAAUUUCAGAAUGCAGGGUCCUGCUAAUGACAAUUGCAGAAGAGAUUGCAGUUCCACUUGGAAGCAUUGUUGAUGUAACAUGGACAGCAAAGCAGCUUUAUGGCAUAAUAUCUGGUUUGUUUGAUUGUAAUUAGAGAAUUCAAUGCUUAAACCCAUAUUGCAGUUCCAAAAAAAAAAAAAAAACUCGGCACCUCCUUGAAAUGAGAAAAGCAGAAAGGCUGAAAGUGCAUACUCCUACUUUUCUUGGACGAGAGAAUUUUUCUUACUAUUUUGCACUAUAAACUUAUAAUAAUGAUAAUAAAUUA